CAAUAAGAAUCUUGUGCUAAACCAAAAAAGGAAAAGACAUUCAUCUAAUUUCCUUCUUUUUUUUCUUUCUAAUUUUCUUUCUGGUCGGUGGCCCUAGUUAGGUUAUAAAUAGAGAUUGGUGGUCGAAUCUAAUAAUCAUCCAAGCUUUGAAGAAAGAGAGCUCCAAAAAAAAAAAACAGACAGAGUGAGUUAUCAAAAGUCUUUUGUGUGUUUUUUGAAUUCUGAUUGUUAUAUCGUUAUAAACCAUACUGAUUUUUUUCUUAUACUCUCACUAUGGCGUCUCAUAAAUCCCUCCUACCUCCAGCCAAAUCAACAACGACGACGUUUUACGACCAUUCCAACGCUCCAUGGUUCAAAAGCCGUUUCACUGAAUCCGAAACCACCGCUUACCUGAAGCGGCAAGGUUACCCUGAGGACUUUGGAGACGGUGGUGCUUUCCCUGAGAUUCUUGUUGUUCAGUAUCCUCUUGGCAUGGGAAAGAGUACGUCUAAUAAUAAUCUUGGGUCCAAGACUCUGCCUGAUGCUGAGGUAAACGUUGUUUUUGAUUCUAUCGCGAGGCAGAACGAGAACUCAAGGAAGAUUGUCUACUCUCAGCAUAAGGAUACUACUAUCCAUCUCGAGGGAGAGGAGGAGGAGGGGGAGGAGCUGCAGAAGCAGAUACAUGAGACUACGGAGGAAACGAAAGCUGCUAUGGAGAAGGUUGUGAAUGUGAGAUUGCGUGCAUCACAGCCAACCAAUGUGCCUAGCCAAUCAGGAGACUCUAAGUAUAUUGAGUAUGAGCAGUCUUCUUCCAGGAUCAUUAGGAUGGUGGAGAUGCCUGUAGACCCACUUGAUCCACCAAAGUUUAGGCACAAGAGAGUCCCCAAGGCUUCUGGCUCUCCUCCCGUUCCUGUCAUGCAUUCCCCGCCUAGGCCUGUUACCGUCAAGGACCAGCAGGACUGGAAGAUCCCUCCUUGUAUCUCGAACUGGAAGAAUCAGAAGGGUUACGCUAUCCCUCUUGAUAAACGUCAUGCUGCUGAUGGAAGAGGCUUGCAAGACGUUCAGAUCAAUGAUAGCUUUGCGAAGCUGUCCGAGUCACUUUACGUAGCUGAGGAGAAGGCUAGAGAGGCUGUUUCGAUGCGGUCGAAGGUGCAAAAGGAGAUGGUGAUGAAGGAGAAGGAAAGGAAAGAGCAGGAGUUGAGGGCUCUUGCCCAAAAAGCUCGCUCUGAAAGAAGUGGUGCGCCUGAGAGUGAGAGUACUGUUGAACGGAUGCAGAGGGAGACGAUUAGAGAAGAGCGUCGCAGGGAAGGUAAAGAUGCUGCUAUGGGGAAGAAGAGCAAGAUUACUAGAGACAGAGACCGUGACAUCAGCGAGAAAGUCGCUCUUGGAAUGGCGGGAGGAAAAGGCGGGGAGGUUGUGUAUGAUCAAAGGCUCUUCAACCAAGAGAAGGGAAUGGAUUCAGGUUUCGCCACUGACGACCAGUACAACGUAUACGACAAGAGCUUGUUCACUGCACAACCUACUCUUUCAACUCUGUACAAGCCUAAGAAGGAUCGGGAUGAAGAAAUGUAUGGGAACGCAGACCAGCAGCUCGGUAAGGUCAAGAACACUGAGAGGUUCAAACCAGACAAAGGUUUCACAGGUGCUUCCGAGAGGUCGGGGAAGAGAGAACGGCCUGUUGAGUUUGACAAGGAAUAUGAACAAGAUCCUUUUGAUCUGGGCCAAUUUAUGUCUGAUGUGAAGACAGGUAACGAGUCUUGAACUGCAAGGCAAAUGUAUGUUGUGGUCGUCACUCUGGAAACAGUUUUGCUUUUGAUUCAGCAUAACGUUGUAGCCAACUUGUUAAAUGCAAUCUUUCAACUUUAUAUAUUGGAUCUUUCAGAAACACUAUUCUACUUUUAA